AUGGUCUCCAAGGUUCUCUUCUGGAGCGGCUUCGGUGUCGCUGUCCGGCUAUGGCAGCUGGGCAUGGAGAUGCGCCCAUUCUUCAACAAGGGCUCGCUCUGGGUCUAUCCUCUGUACGCGACCGUCGGCGGCAGCUUCGGCUACUGGCUGCAGGGCGUCGAGUCCCGCCAGUACAAGCUCCUCUCCGACCGAAAAGAUGCUUUGCUUGAAAAGCGCGCCCGCGCCGCCGAGCAGGAGAAGGCCGCCGCCGCUCGCCUUUCCCGGCGUCGUCUCGGUCAAGCCACCAUGGCUCUUCCGGUGCUUGGAGAGUCGAUCAAACCCAAGGGAAUCGUCGUCUUUUCGGGCGGAAGUGCUGCGAACAACCUGGUCGACGUCUUCAAGACGGUGGCCGAACGCAAGCAAUGCUCUUUAAGCUACGUCAUCCCCAUCAGCGAUAACGGUGGCAGCACAUCGGAGCUCAUCCGAGUCUUCGGGGGCCCAGGUAUCGGUGAUUUGCGGAGUCGUCUCGUCCGCCUGAUUCCUGAGAACGGAGACCUAGAAAGAGCCGCCAUCAAGACCUUCUUCAACCAUCGUCUGUGCCUAGACGCCGAUGAAGCAAGGCAUGAGUGGCUCGACAUAGUGGAGGCCCGCCACCCUCUGUGGAACAACGUUCCUUCGGAGAAGAAGGAGCUGAUUCGCUCGUUCCUGAACUUACUGAACCUGGAGAUCGUGAAGAGACUUCGGCCAACCUCCACCUUCAACUUUUCGUCUGCCAGCAUCGGGAAUCUCUUUCUCACCGGUGCCCGCCUCUUCUCCGGCAGUCUUGAAUCAGCCAUAUACCUUCUCAGCAGUAUCUGCGGAGUGCCAUCUAACACUUCCGUCCUUCCAGCCAUCAACACCAACUUCUCGCACCACAUCAGUGCCGGCCUCGCCAACGGCACCGCCAUCACCGGCCAGAAUGCCAUCUCGCACCCCUCAGAGCCCACCGCUCUUCCCGACAUGGCCUCCAAGCCCCCGGACGACACCGAAGACGACGACAUUGUCGAAGACGCCAACCUCCCCGGCUCUCUUCCCAUGCUCCGCAAGCCAAACAUCAUCUUCAGCAAGGCCGAAGAAGAAGAUCUCCCCGCCCGGAUCGACCGCAUUUGGUACAUCAACCCUUACGGCCAGGAGAUCCGCCCGCCCGCCAACCCGAAAGUCGUCUCCGCCAUCGCCAGCGACAGCCAGGCCGUCGUCUACAGCAUCGGCUCGCUGUACACCUCCAUCAUCCCCUCGCUGAUCCUGCGAGGAGUCGGCGCCGCCGUCGCCGCGACCCCGGCCGUGCGGCACAAGAUUCUGAUCCUGAACAGCACCGUCGACCGCGAGACGGGCCCGUCGUCCCAGCCGUUCACGGCGCUGGACUUCGUGGCCGCCAUCGCCAAGGCGGGCGCCGAGAGCAGGGCACGCGGCGGGGCGGAUUCCAUCACCCCCCUGGAGUACAGGAAAUACGUGACGCACGUCAUCCACCUCGAGGGAGCCGGCACGCCGGCCGUUAGCAGAGCGGAUUUGGCUGUGCUGGGCAUCGAGACGGUGCGGCUUUACGGGAGAAGAGGCGGGGGAGGCGGGGGCCAGGGGGAGGGGUUCUUACGGUACGAUGAGAACGCGCUCACUCAGGCACUGGAAGUGGUCAUUGGUGGUGGGAAAGAUUUGCGAGGCGAUAGGAGCAGGAGGAACACGUUGGACAAUUAG